AUGAUGUUAACCGAAGAAGAAAUGGAAUAUCAGUCUUCUCCAUCUUCACCAGUCGAUGUUCAAAAUUUUUCUGCUCGUCGUCGUUCAGUAUCUCAAAGACGUGGUCGUAGUUUGAAUUCUGGUCAUGUUCAACGUCUUAGCCGUACUUCAAAACGUACGACUUCCACACCAAAACCAACUCGUCCUACUGGCCGUAGUUCAAAUCAAUCGUCAACCAACAAUCGAUCAUCAACUCGCACCAAACGAAAAAAAGAAAAUGUUGCUAUUCCUCUUGUUUCACCUAUUCCAUUAUCAAAUCCACCUAGUCGUUCUCAAUCGCAAGUUUCACCAUUGCCUUUCGAAUGUCCAUCGGAUGAUGAACAACAUCAAAAACAGAAUAUGCAUAUUACGACUCGAUCUGGUAAAAUGAAGAAAGAUGUAGUUUUAUCAUACUUCACUCUACGAUCGGAUGGUCGAUAUGACUGCAAUAUUUGUCUUCAGCCAUACAUGGCCUAUAAUGGAUCAGCAACCAAUCUACGUCGACAUCUCUUCAUAAAACAUGAUAUUGCUGCUGCUAUUUAUAAUUCACAAUUAUCUCAAAUCAAACAAAAAUCUGCUGUAGCAAACGAUAUGCCAGCAAAUCUGCCAAAAAUUCGUCAAAAACAAUUAAAUAAAGCAAUUUUUGAUUGUAUCAUUGACGAUUCGUUGCCAUUUACCACGUUCAUGAAAUCAGGCAUGAUCAAAUUAUUAAAAACAUUUGAACCUCAAUAUGAACCACCUAGUCGAUUUACCAUUGCUUCUCAGGUUGAUAAAAUCUAUCAUAAAUACGUCGAUGAAAUUCUGCUAAAACGUGCACCACGUAUUGCCUUUACUGCUGAUAUAUGGAAAAGUGGAACCAGAAAAUACUAUAUUUCAUUAACAGCUCACUUGUAUGAUAAAGAUUUUGAAGUUGUACCACUAGUAUUAUCUUUGCGACAACUUACUGAACGUCAUCUGGCUAUUAAUGUUCAAUCGUUUAUUAUGUAUGAACUUGAUGAAAAAUUUCAUAUUCUGCCUCAGCAACGAGCUGGAAUCACGACGGAUUGUGGAAGUGAGAUGGUUGCAGCAACAUCAAAUGGUUUAUUCGGUCCACGAUACUCUUGUAUUGCACAUGUAUGGAACAAUGUCGUCAAAAAUGGUCUUUGUCUGUGGUCAUCGCCGGAUUCUACAAAAUUUCCAAUCAAUGAAGAUGAUGUCGACGUCAAUGAAUCAAUUUAUAGUGUUGGUGGCGAUGAAGAUGAUUUGUUGGAUGAUGAAGAUCCAGAUGAAAAUCAAUGGAAUAAUGAUGAAACAGAAGAAGAAGAAGAUGAUAUGAAUUUAUCUCCAUUAGGUCAAAUUCAAUCGACAACAUUAACAGUUGUGAUGUUCAACAAGAAACCAAUUCAAACAACUCAAGACGAAUUUUUGAGUGACGACGACGAACCAGUUAUGAUUCAACCAGAAACUAGGCUUAUUACCCUCAUUGGUCUUCUUGAACGUAUAUUCAAUCUUCUUAAUCGAUGUCGUCAACUGAUACAUGACAUGCGUAAUAUUGGUGUCGUUCAAACAUUUAUUUUAAUGGAAAUUGGGAAAAAAGGACGUGGUCUUACAGUAGACAUGGAAAUUCGGUGGAAUACUACUUUCCAAAUGAUCGAUCGUUUACUUGAACGUCAAACGCUCGUUGAUACUGUUGUCCGACGAAAAUUCGGUGGUCUUACUGUUGUCCAAAUGAAUAGAUUAAAAUUGGCUGCCCUUACUCCGGAUGAUUGGGAUGUACUACGGGCUCUUCACAAUGUUUUAAUGGGAUUUGAUGUUGCAACAACACUUAUCUCAGCUAGCCACUAUCCUACUUUAUCUGAUUCUUUUUGGGCAAUUACUAAACUUCGUCAAAUUUUAGCAUCCAAUAAAGAUGAUUCUCGUUACACCGAGUUUUUGAAGAAAAGUGCAUUAAAUUAUCUCGAUAUUUAUAUACAGAAACAUUUAUCCAAGGAACAACAAGAAGGAAUGCUCAUUGCAGCUUUUCUUGAUCCUGAAACACAUAAUGAUUUGAGCAAAAAUGAUUUUACUAAAGCAAUUGAAGUUGUGAAGCAAAAAAUAAAGGAAAUGCCGACAACUCCAUCAACUACAUUAACUACAACAACUACAUCAUCUCUUUCAUCAUCAUCACCGUCUCAUUUAGUUCUCUCUAAGAAAGAAACUGCCAAACAGCUGAUGAAUCGAUUGGCUGGAAUCAAUACAAACCAGUCCCGUAUUAGAUCAAUGAGUCCUGAAGUCGAGGUUUCUUUGUUCUCAAAUGCAGCCAAAACAAAAGAAAACUUCAAACAAUUUUGGUCAACUCAUCAUCACUCCUUUCCACGUCUUGUAGCAUUAGUUCAUCGGUACUGCUUGGUGCCUGCAACGUCAGUCGCAAGUGAAUCUGCUUUUUCAAUUGCAGGAUUCAUCGCCCGCAAGCAACGUUCAUCAUUAUCAUCUCGUACUUUACGUCAUCUUUUGGUCCUCAAAUACCGAAAAAACCUAAUUAAACUUCAAUCUGAAGACGAACCGUCUCUAAUCAAUGACCAUCAAUUUCAAGCGUUGUCUCUUGAUACUGCUGGAUCAUCUUCUGUAUAA